GUUUAAAUUUCUUAUGGACCGCUUAAACCCAGGGGGUGGGGACAAAGUGUAAUAUUUGCGGGAUACAAUCGACAGCCUGAUGAUUGCAUACUUCCCAUGUGUGCCUGGUGACCCUUUGCCCAUCAGGUGGACCCCGGAUACAUUUUUAUUCAGCACCCAUGAUCAAGUGACCUCAAAAUCCCCCUUUUACCUGUGGCAUCCAGAGUUUACCAUAUCACUGCAGCUGAAACUCUUGAAUUGCACAUAAACUGACCUCACCUUCCUGCAAUGCUGGACUGUAAAAACAUACACUGUGACACAACAAAUGUUACCUAAGAAAAAGCAUACAAAUACCACUAGAUGUCUUUAACCAAGACUGUUCUGUUGAAGAUAAACAUAGCGACACCUUUUCUAGAGUUUCUAUAAAUGAAGCAACUCCUAAUACCUCAAUAAAACCUAGUGACUCAUGUUGACCACCAUGACGUACCGCAUGCCAAACUUCACCCUGGAGCAGAAGCUGUUUCUGCUUCGGAGAAUCCAUGCUGUGGUAGACACAGUCCAGGACUUUCGGAAAGACACCAACACUACUGUGCACCGGAACGCUGUGUGGGCAGAGCUGGCUCAGGCCUUCAAUGCGGCAUUCCCGAGUCGACCGCCCAGCAGCAUCGGCUCUCUGAAGACACUGUGGAAAAGACUGAAGGUCGAGUGUCGUGUAGCCCUGCAGAAGCGACAGGAGCAGCAGGCUGCUGGGCUCCCAGUGUCUGCCCUCACUCAGGUGCAGAGAGAAGUGAUCACCCUCGUACCGAACCUGAUCUCCUGUCUGGAGGAGGUGGAUGGAGACAGCAGUUAUGCCUCCGUUAGAGGCGGCUCACCUGGAGCAGUGAUGGGGCUUUCAGGCACUAAUGGGAGCGAGCAUGAAGAUGCUGACCACAGUCAAAAUGAUGAAGUAGACAGUAAGGAGAACUUGGCCAUUGAGCUUGGCUUAUCUUCUCCUUCUCACCCACCUGUCAACUCUGGGAUUCCUCCGGGCUCUUCCUCCUCUCCUCUUCACUCGCAUUCAGUCUCCUCCAGAUCCAGACGUCCCUCCUUCAUCUACUCAACCCAUGCAGGAAGCACCCCAGGCCAGGGAUCAGGGACGAGGGCUGCAAACUUUGAUUCGGUACACAGAGAGCCUGCGGUGGCGCGCGGAUCAGUGGAGAAUUCGUUCCCGCCGGUGGACUUUACCUCAGACUCUAAAUGGGAAGCACGUCGACAGGAGCUGUUUGAGCAGGAGCACCAGCAGACCAUGAGCCUGUUACUGCUGCAGCAGUGUGUGUGGGAGGAGAAGAGGAAAGCGGUCAAACAGAAGGAGAAGGCGGCUCGAGCCAAGAAGAGAUAUUACCAAGCCAAACUCCGCAAGAUCGGCGCGGGUCAUUCGCCUUCCAGUAGCGACAGCGAUGAUAACGAAGAACACCCACGGUCAUGAGUUUCAGAUGUUUACAGCGUCUUAGAUAUGUUUACUUUCUUUUUGAAAGUUAUCUUUUUUAUUUAAUUAAUGCUGUCUAUUUACAAGACUUUAUUUUUGAAGGGGAGUUCACGCAAACCAGGCUUUGAUUCAAUAGCCGUCGAUAUGAAUCUCAUUUCUUUUUAUACUACAGGGGCUGUCGAAUGCUUGAUUAUGAUUGGCUGAUGAUCCUUCUAAGGCAAGGGUGUCGAACUCAGUUUCUGGAGGGCCGCAGUUUUAAGCUACGGUCACACCGGGCUUUGUGUGUGCAAAAUUCUGUCGUGCGGCGCUGCGAAAAGGGGCGGGAUUAAACAAGCUUAUUAGACAUUAAAAAAAGCCAGAGAUUGCUCCAUGUUUUACAUUUCUGCCCAGAGAGGUCGUGUUUUGAUCCUCGAUUGGUCUCACGCAGUCAAGUGAUACGAUUUAUUAGGUUAGAAUUCACCAAGCUUGAACAUUGCACCGCAGCAACCUGCGAAACUUGACGCAUGACCCCGCGUUUCCGGUCUGACGCAUUCGCGUGCGUAUGAAUGGAAGUCUAUGGAAGGAAAAGUCAAGUGUGACCGCACCUUUACACAGAGUAGUUCCAACUCUAAUUAAACACACCUGAUGGUACUAAUAGACUGAUUUCACACGGUGGCCAUUUUAAAAGCAAAAGCGAGGCUUCUGUGGGAAGAAACCUAGUAAUAUCACCUGAAGUCACACAGGAAUGGCACUUGUGAUGGCGAAUUGUUGUGUACCUGGCUUAAUAUCAAUGAAGAGAAAGUGACACAAAUUUAUAAUUUCACUGCUUUCCGAGUGACCCGAAGGUCCGUUCUGAAUGGAUAGUGAAAUAAAAAGUGAUAUCAGACCUAAUUUUCAGCUAAGUUAAGGGAAAUGGCUCUAGUUAGCUAACAUUUUCUUCCCCAAACACGUUUUAGAUGCCAUUUAUCAAACUCAAAUUAAUGAACUCAUUCUUUCACUAUAUUAGACUUUUCACUAUACUGCAUUUAAGCACUGUUGAGCGCGUUCUUAAAAACCACUGAUUUGCCAUAGUAUUCACCAGUGCUCAACAGAAAUCACUGUGAUUGACCGUUCUUCUGAUGAAUCGACUGAUCUUCAUGGCUUUAAAACACUCCAAUGUCCAUGCAUCUGCGUUUGCACUCGGUGAAGAGUGGUGAACUGAUGACCUUCACAGCCAAUCACAGUCAUUUCUGUUGAGCACUGAUGAACACAAUGGCAAAUCAGCUGUGUUUAUGAACGCGUUUAAAUGUUAGCGGGGAAUGAACAUUUUUGAAAAUGUCAGUAUCGUGGCAACAGUAUUACAGACAACACAAGGGUGCACUCCAAACUUUUUACACAGGACUGCAUUUUUUUAAUCGCUCACCAGGUAACAUAGGCUGUGGCAGGGAAGCUCCAACAGUGCUUUCCUGUUGCCAAGAACUGAAGCCUAGGAGGACACUUUAUUUAUUUAGUUUGAUGCCUAAUAUUCUUUUAAUUGGUUAAAAUUAAACUUAACUGAAUAAUAUCAAAGUGAUGUUUACACCACAUCUGCACUUUGAAAUCACAGCAACAGCUGGAGGUUUGUUGCAAUAUUUACAGUCCUUAUCCUAUACUUCCGGGUUUCUUCCCACCACAGCCUCUCACAUUUUUUAAAAUGGCGGCCACAUGAAAUUAGUGUAUUGAGUCCUUCAGGGUUGUUGCUAUGUCGGAUAUGGUUGUGGCCGGAAGUUAACAAGAAUAAUUUAUAUUAUUUAUUAAAUUUCCUAUUUAUUGUAUUUUAUUAACGUGUACACCCACCCCAACCCUAAACCCAACCAUCACAGUAAGGUAAAAACAGUAGUUGUACCAAGUAUUAUUCAUGAUAUCUAUUAAAUUAUCCAAUAAAUUGUAUUUUUUAAAUGCCUACCCCCAACCCUAAACCCAACCGUCACAGUACUGUAAAAUAUUAUUUAUUGUUAUACAGUGUCAUAAAAAAAAUGCUAUAUUAAUGUGCCUAUUGCACUUCCGGUCGGCCGCGUAUACGAUCUAGACUUUAACGUCCUUUAGGCUUGUUUGAAACCUACAGGUAAUUUUGUUGAAGCAAGGUUGGAACCAAACUCUUAGGGCCGCGGUUCUGUUCUAAGGUGUGACAAAUUAUUUGAUUCAAUGAUUUUAUUUAUUUCACAGGCUACAACUGUCAAAAAUCACCAAAACAAAGCACAGGGCUUGCGAAGUAAGAAUCUACUACACACAGGAGCAGUCUGAGGACAAAAACCUGACAAAUGUCUUGGAAAAACAACAUCUGACCUGUGUCUUUAGGUGUGCUAAUCAAAUAAGCAGAAUUAUUGACACCGUUCUGUUGAAUUAUUAGAAAUAAAUGCACACCCGAGCAUCACCACAUUGGGUGUGCAUUAGUAACAAUUCAGAGGCCCAUCAUCAGUUAUUCCUCACUUACUAACUCUUUCACAUCAACUAUAUAUAUUCAUAGCGACCAUUAGCUCUAAAAAUAAAAGUUCAUAAUUUAUUCCCCACUUAUGUCGCUGUACAGCUUUCUUUCAUCUGUGGAACAUGUAUUAAGAAAAAUGCCUUAACGUUUAUUUUGGCCAUGCAAUGAAAAAGUGGAGUCCGGUGUAGUUUUGGAUCCCUCUGAUUUUCAUUUAAUAAACUGUCAAAUUGUUUUAUUUAUUUAAUUUUUGAGUUCUGCAGAAGAAAGUAAGUGUUGGACACAAGUGAAGGGUGAGUAAAUUAUAACAGAAUUUUCAUUUUUUGAUAAAGGUGAAAGGUGGUUCAUGCCUACCCAGCAAUGUAUUUAAAGACCAUUUAAUGGCUUAAGAAAUUCCUUGAUUAGCUGUAGUUUUUCAAGAAAUAUCAGUAUGACAAGGGCUGCAUCCAAAAUCUUAGGCUGUUUACUUGUUGACCUUUAAGGCAGCAUAACUAAAUAGGGUUAGUUUUUGGUAUUAAUAAGGGAAUAUUUGCUUACUUCUUGCUGGAAAAGCCAUAAAAAGUGGAAAAUGUUAAUCGAAAAUGUACAUUUACACACACAAAAAUAAUGCCUGAGGGGUGCUAUGAGAUGCCAUGGAUGCCAUGUGAAUGCACAGAAUUGUGGGAUAGACACCUAUGUUGCCUUCAAAAUCUGUUCAGAAGCUAAUUCCCUAGUCAGCAGAAUUUGGAUUUGGACAUACUUUGAUGACAAGUUUUGUGACAUUUGGAAAGCAAGGUUAGCUACUAUCCAUUGAAAGUGGUUGGCAACUUCCUCAAUUGCAUUCAGAUAAUGUAAAAAGAAACAAAUGCUAAUGCUAAUGUUAGCUUUGCUCUGGUCAACAAGGAUGUCUUCAAAUUAGACAAUGCCUUUGUUGUACUGAAAUAUAAUUAUGAGCACAUAAACUUGUUGUCCUACAUGUUACAAGCCUUUUUGUGAUUUUAAUUAAUUUAAAACUGAACCGGAAUCCCCUUGACAUCCAUGUACUAUCCUCUUAGGGCACAGUAGAAAAUUGACGAUUGACAGUAAAUCAACACAGUUGUGCUUUUUUAGCAGUUGUGCAGUAAUUGCUUAUUUAUAAAUAACUACCUGAGCAAGAAAGGAACUUUUUUUUGGGAUGCAGCCUUAGAUGGAGCACUGGUUAUCAUGUUUGAGUAAUAUUGUAGAAGUGAAUGCAGCAGUGUGUUUUGUGCUAACAGCUCCAAAUGCCACAUAUAUUUAGUCCUGCUAAUCAUGCUUGAUGAGAACUGGAAAUGAACUGAAGUGACAUUCCUAAUGUUCCUAACUGUAUUUAUUUAUUUUUUUGUGUGUCAGAAUCAGGAUCAAACCAAUGGCAGAUUAAGGUCACACAAGGCACCUCUUUGUCGCUAUGUAAACAGUACACUCUCACACGCGCGCACACACACACAAAGGACAGUGUCUUCAGGACUAAACUUCUGAUUCACUUCACUGUAGCUUGUUUACUCUAUGCAGGUUUUUUUUCAGGUAAAAUAAGUGCUUCUCUUAAGUGGAUUUCCUACUGAUGGACUGGUUAAAUUUAGCUCAGUGGUGUUCAUUUGUGUCUUAGUAUACAGUGUUUGCAGAAUAGAGAGUCCUCUGUCUAUUCUGGAGUGUUAAAAAAACUUUCUUAAAGUGACAGUUCACCUAAAAAUGAACAUCUGCUAUUCAUUUGCUCUCCCUUAGGACAUGUAGGUGACUUCUUUGUUUAGUGGUACUUAAAGGAAGAAUUGUAGCUAAAUCUGUGGUUCUUGAAUCAUGAAAUCCGAGUUUUGGUUACAAGCACUUUGAGGCUGUGUCCGAAAUCAACUACUACUCAGUAGGUUCUGCAUUUCAAUUUAUAUGUCCUACUCGGCCGUUAGAAAAGUACGUUCUAUACAGUGUGAAUGUGAGUAGUAUGAAUGGAACUCGGACAUACUGUACAUCCGUCAUUUUGUCAUCAUCAUGUGACCUUCCCGCGUCAGUUGCAUCGCUUCACUCCCAUUCAUAAAUUCUCUCUUGGCGUACCGUGGGAUAGUGUAGCUUCCAUCCGAUGUGCACAUGAGAAUCUCACUGAAAGUAAUAGGGCAGGGUACAGGCGCGCAUACUGCUUUUAGCAUACUAUAUAGUAUGGAAGUAUGAGAUUUAGGACGCAGCUUGAGAGUGCAAAAAUGCAUAAAGAAACAAUUAAUAUAUUGUUUGAUUCCUCCAGACAACAGAUUAAGGUAAUUAUAGAAACGAUUAGAGUGCAGGAAACAUGAUUUACAACAUUAUUACCUUUAAUCCAGCUUCUGCAGUGCUUUAUGUAUUCAGUCAGGAGAGCGAAAUGAUGGUGGCUGAGAGAGGUCAAAUGCUCUGCAAAUGAAUAAAUAAAUAAAUAAAUAAAUAAAAUAAAGAAACACCAACAAACUGAGAAAACAUCUUCAUCAGUUUGACAACACACAUGUCGGCACAUGUAUAGUUCAGUCCUAAUAAUCUUACGAAUUACACAAUUAGUGUAAAAUGAGACUUAAUGUCAUGUUAGCAAGAGUAACUAAAAAUAUACAAACAACAAGAAACCGCAAUCAACAAAAUACUCACCUCUCAGGCCUCUGACAACACUGCUGACUCUUAACAGGAAGCAGUUGAGUUCGUCACUUUUUAGGAUCUCUCAACACAUUGCCAAUGUGAUCUGCAUUAUUUGCAGUGUGUUUCUGUGUUUGCAGGUGUUGUGAGAAUACGCAUGUGUGUGUUUUGUCGAAUCAAUGAUGUUUUGUAAGUCUAAGCUCUCUCGGGGGCAGCUCAGUGGUUAGCACUGUCGCCUCACAGCAGGAAGGUCGCUGGUUUGGGCAUCCGCUGCAUAAAACAUAUUCUGGAUAAGUUGGUGGUUCAUACUGCUGUGGUGACUACUGAUAAAUAAAGGGACUAAAGGCUGAUUUAUACUUCUGCAUCAAGCACAUGUGUAUGGUCCGGCGCAGUCUUUGAGCGGUCACAUAGCUCUUGUGUCUGACGCGCACCUCUAAAAAAUGUAACUACACGUCGCAAUGGCCGCCAGUUCCCGCUUCUGAAUGAGCGAGUUUGAGCUACUUGUACAUUAAGAUAGCGUUCAGAAAAAAACAAAACACCCACAGAGGAAACUUGACACAGAGGAACAUAACAUAACCUACUGCCAGCUAGCGCUUCAGAAAUGUUUUUGCAGAGCAACACAAACAGCAUGCAGAAAGAUAAAUGCACAGCUACGCGCAAGGUAUGCUUGCUUGAUGCAGAAGUAUAAACCAACCUUGAGCCGAAGGUAAAUGAAUGAAUGACUAGAGCUCUCUCAGCCACCGCACACAAAAUUCCUGAUGAUGAUUCGAUUUUUGGAUGAACUGUGCCUUUAAGGAAUGUGACAAUAGUAGCUUGGAAAAGUACAGUCAGUGAGACAUGUUAGACUGAAUAAACUAGUGAAAACCUUCCACUGUUAAAGCAGCUUUUUUGUAAAGCUAAUUACAAUUUUGUUGUAAUUUGAUUUGAUCUGUGUAAUGUGAUGAACUAAAUCAAUCUUUUUUAAACAACCGAAGUGUUUGUCUUGAAUAUUCGAAAAAGGAACAACAACAACAAAGAUCAUACAGAAGCGUGGUAGCAAUAACUCCUUUAUUGACGCCCAACAGGUGUCAUUUUCUCCCA